GAAAACCCCACAACGAAGAAGAAGUGCAACGUAGAAACAACGUGGUCAAAAUAGAACAGCAAAAACAAAAAUAAAUAAACUAGAUAUAAACAAAGGAAAUUUAAAAGCAACAAGAAAAUAAAUAUCACAUUGAAAAGGAAUACAAGUGAAAAAAUAUUUCAAAUAAUUAUUGUGAAAUAAAUAUAACAAAUUGCUUGUCAUUCUAUUAAUGUGAGAGCAGUGUAGAAAAGAAAAGUGAUCGGAACUCUCCCACUGGUGCACUAGAUAGAACAGUGUUGAAAUCAAUAAUAAAUUCAAAACAAGAUGUCCCAAAUAGAUAAUAUUAUCAUACAAGUAAGAGCACGUUUACAAUUGUUGGGCAUUAAAUUGUGGCUGGAACCAUACUAUUACGAUGGAGUUGGCUGUGUGGAGGAAGAAAUUGAGAAAUUGUCUAGUAAUUUUAGUCAGGACUUGGGCAUGACUAAAUCCAAUUGUAAAUUGGCCUUAACAGAGUUACAGGAAGGUGCUUUACGAAAGCUGGCCUCUCGUAAGGAAUUUGCAGAGACAGGUCUGGCCACUUUUAGUGUACGACGCAUUAACAAUCAACAGGGCACACAAAAUAUUAUAGAAGUGAAAUGUGCCCUUAAAGCUUUAGGCAGUGAAUUGCAAACAAUUGUGGCCAAAUCUUUAGAUAUAAUUGAUCCCAGUCGCAUUAAAUGCAUAUCAGCUGGUAAAAUUAUCGAUCCCGAAAGAUCUCUCGAAAUACAAAAUAUCAAAAACAAUCAACAAUUAAUGGUGAUAAUCAGUGAAGUGGAUAGGGGUGUGGAACAAAAUCAAGAAGAUGCCAUGUACGAUCGUAUACGUAAAAUAAAAAUGGAUGUGGAAUCUAUAGUGGAUUCAAGUCGUCAAUUGUUUGAGAUGGAAGAUCAAGAUGGCAAUCCUGUAUUUUUACCACCCGCCGAAAAUCGUGCUCUCUUAAUGGCCUUGGGUUAUUAUGAAAAAGCACGUGCUGCCAUGAAACGUGAACAUUAUGAUGAGGCCUUGGUGUUGCUGCUCGAAGCAGAUGAGAAAUUUAUUACAUGUAAUUCAAAGUUUUUGGAAGCGGUUGACAACUAUGCUUUAGUUAAUUUGGAUAUUGUUUGGUGUUAUUUGUGCCUAAAGAAUGUUACCCAGUUACCUGAUGCCCAACGUCGCUUAGAGUUAUGUGACAAAAGCUUUCGCCGCUCGUAUGGCGACAAUUUGCAACGUUUGAUAACCCUCAAAGGCAAUGCCUGUCCCGAAAAGGCUUUAAUAAUGCGUUUACAUCUGCUGCAAGGUGUGGUACUCUUUCAUCAAAAUCGCCGCAAUGAGGCAUACGAGAAAUUUGUAACAGCCGAAACGGAGCUGGGCUCUCUCAAAGUAGAUGAUACUCUAGUGGUGGCCUUAGUAGAAAUGGGCUAUGAACCUUUUGAGGCUCGCUUGGCCUUACGUUCGUGUAGUGGUAAUGUGGAACAAGCCAUCAAUUUCAUACACGAACGCAAAGAGAAAUUAAAAGAGUCACGUAAAAAUUCCAAAAAAGAACGACAGGUUCAUAAGAAUUUGGCCAGUAAAAAUAAUGACAAAGACUGGGUAAAUCCACGUAGUGUGUGUACAUUGGUGGAGAUGGGUUAUGAGCGUGAUGUAGUGGUAGAGGCUUUAAAGCGCUGCAAAAAUGAUGUGCCCAAAGCGUUGGAUCUCUUGCAAACGGGAGCUGAUGAAUUAAGACACAACCUACCCCCCGCCGCCACAGCUGAUGAUGACAUUUUAUCACAACUCAAGCAAUUAGGUUUCAAUGAGGAAAUGGCCCGUAUGGCCUUGGAAACUACCGAAAAUAGUUUGGACAACGCCAUUGAGUUUCUGAUGAAACUCUAUGGCAAUGAAACGGAAUUGGUGGCUGCCAUGGAUCGUAUGACAGCUGUCGCUGCCUCUGUAGUGGCCAAUGACAAUUAUGGAGGACCCUCUACAUCUUCCGGUGCCAAUUCUUUGAUUACUAAGGCUUUGGAUAAGGCUCAAAAGGAAAUGGAAUCCUUGAAGGCCUAUAACAGAUUUACCGAAGAAAUCACGGACAACGAACAGGACUAUUUGGAUUUACCUUUAGUACAAGAAGAACAAUUUCUCGCCGAAUACAAACGUUUACUGGAACAGUAAUAUGUUUAUAUUUUUAUUUUUUUAUAUAUUCUCUUUUUUUUAAGUUUUAAAAAUGUCUUGUUUUUUGUUUGAUUGUUGAAAUUCUUUUUAAAAUUUUUUAUUAACCUGUUUUUCUUGUUUUUUAUAUAUGAAGCCAAUUGGAAAUUUCUUAUUCCUACACUUUAUUUGGAAACCCUUGAUUUGCCCUGAUAACAAUAUCAGCAGUUUUUUAAAUUUACUAAAGAACUUAUGCGAUUUUUGUAAUAUUUCCUAUUUAGUUGUAUUGAAAACUUUUUGUUUUUUUGAGCAGGAAGUGAAAUUUCCAAUUGAAUUUAUUUACGUUACUAAUUGGCCAUUUUUUUAUCUAGAUUUAGUGUUGAAUUAACAAAAUCAAUCAAGUUUUUGAAGAAUAAAUUUAACUUUUUAUAUGACUGUUUAAGAAA